AUGCAGGCCAAUACUAAGAGUUCUGUUGAAGUCAGUGAGAAUGUUCGUAGACGUAGGGCCACUGUGAACUUGUCACGUUCCCUUGGCUGUCAUAGAUCCACUUAUAACAGAAGGUGGAAUAAAAUGAGAGCUGCUUUCAUGAAAAAAUAUGACUUUCUUUCGUUCAGUGAGUUUGCUAAUGAAAGCACCCUAAAAGAAGUAAAGAGAGAAAUCACUUGUAAUGACAGUACUUCAACUAUUACACCAUCGACUAGCAACAUCAAUCAAGGACUUUCAGAUAUUAGUGGAUCUCCUGAAGUGAACCUGUGCUCUCCGAAGUUCAUGAAUCGCAAAGAAAUGAUGAAAGACUUGAUGAUGUAUCUAAUGUCAAAUACAUCUCUGAGCAUAAGGGAUGCUGAUCGUGUUCUGUAUGGUCUACGAUUUUUUAUCCCUGACAUACCGAAAAGCAUCAGAGGUGUCCUAAAGACGUGUCCAAGUGUUCAACCAAAGUUUAUCGGCAGUGGGGUUUACUACCAUCUAGGAUUGAAAACCAAUCUGCUAAGAUACGUUGAACUUUGGUUGUGUACUAGUGAUUUUGACUUUUUAAAAUUAUAUAUCAGUGUGGAUGGACUUUCUAUGUCUAGAAGCUCCAAUCAACAGUUAUGGCCUAUACUAGGACGGAUCGUUGCCCCUAAGUUUAGUGACGUGUUCAUGAUAGGGAUCUACGGAGGGAAUAGUAAGCCCGUAGAAUUCAACGAGUUUUCUGUGGACACAAUUUCUGAAAUAAAAGAAAUGACUGACGUGGGUCUUUUUAGUGUAAAGUUUAAUAAAUGUAUACCUAUUAGGUUGACGGCUGGAGGGAAAGACGACCUUUCCAAAUGGAGUACAUACCUUAAGAACAGACGACACCUUCCGUCGUCAAUCUCAAUCAAUUCACCAUCAAGGACAUUCUAUUAUGGAAACGCUUUCGAUUGA